AUGCUUACAGGAUUGAAGUAUGCAGAAGAGUGCAGGACUAAAAUGUACCCUCCUUCAGGACCAACGUUCAAAGGGAAUAUACCCACAUAUGUCAUAAAUCUUGAUUUACCUCCCAGCAAAAGAUGGGAUAAGUUGAUGCAUGACAAAAAGACAGAGCUCAAGACUGUGGUCCAGAAUAUUAAAGAUAUAGCAAAUACCUUCUUCCCCAGCGGCAAAGUUGUUGACAUAGUGGAUAACAAAAUAGCUCAUCUGACCGCCACACUUCCCUAUCCUUUCAAUGAAGAACUCCAAGGGAUUGCAGAUUCAUCUGGGAUUCCUUUGGGGGAAAUUGUUAUUUUUAACAUCUUUUAUGAAAUUUUUACCGUAUGUACAUCAAUAGUGGCAGAAGAUAAAACAGGGAAACUGUACCACGCCAGAAACUUGGAUUUUGGACUCUUUCUAGGGUGGGAUGUUAAAAAUAAUUCCUGGACUGUAACUCGGGAACUGAAGCCUUUAGUGGUACUCUUGGACUUUCAGAGAAACAACAAAACUGUAUUCAGGUCUACGAAUUUUGCAGGAUACAUAGGCAUGGUGUCUGGAGUCAAACCAGACUUGUUCACUCUGACAAUGAAUGAGCGUUUCAGUCUUGACGGUGGUUAUGUGGGAAUCUUCGAGUGGUUUCUUGGUAGAAGAGAUGGUAUGUGGAUGGGCUUUCUUACAAGGACAGUAUUAGAGAAUGCUACAAGUUACCAAGAUGCAAAAGACAGACUGGCAAAAACAAGACUGCUGGCUCCAGCUUACUUUAUACUGGGUGGAAAAAAUUCUGGAGAAGGGUGUGUGAUAACUCGUUCCAGGACAGCUGCUCUGGAUAUCUGGGACCUUGAUAUCAAGAAAGGCACGUGGUAUGUGUUAGAAACAAACUAUGAUCGCUGGAAGCCUCCACUAAUACUGGAUAAUCGUAGAGGACCUGCAAUGAAAUGCCUGAACCAGACAACACAAGAGAAUCUCACCUUACCAGCAAUUUAUGAUGUUCUCUCCACAAAGCCUGUCCUCAAUAAGCUGACUGUGUGCACAACGCUGAUGGAGGUGUAUAAUGGUCAUACAGAGACUUACCUGCGGGAAUGCCCAGAUCCCUGUAGUCCUUGGUAGUCCUGUACCUUUCCUGUGUUGGAAACUGCUUGUCUGAACUGGAGGUCCUGCACGAAAAAAUACUACUGGAAAGAGAUUCCUCAGUCUAACUCCUUUCUUCAGAAAUCUAAUGGCUAUGUAGAAAUGUCAGCUUCUGACAGUGAAGGACCCUCUCACAAUGGACUUUCUUGCUUUCUAAUCAGCAGUUCUGCUGACAAGAAGUGUAUCCUAAUGAGUGUCUGGUGUGAUUUCAGCCAUUUCUGCCAAAUGAGUUCAGCAGUUAGCUCUAGAGCUCUUCAGUCUUGACAGUAUUCUUGGUUUGUUGUUGGUUGUGGGUUUGUUAAUUUUUGUUAUUUGAUUUAGUUUAUUUAGAUUAAAGUGCUUCUAAAGCACACAAGUUAAAAU